AUGGGAGACGAGUUGUCGCAAAAAGAAAAAGAUCAAAUUGUAUCUUUGCAUAAUAAGAUACGCGGUGAAGUGUCGCCAGCUGCUAACCCUGCUCUACCAAACUUGGAAUGGGAUGACCAGCUAGCCAGUAAGGCAGAGCAGUGGGCACAGGGUUGUGAUUUUUCUCACAAUCAAGACAAAUCAAGUACUCUCGGUACAGUUGGUGAAAACAUUGCAAUUAAUCAAGACCCGAUACAUGGCGGCAUUAAGCAUUGGGAAUCCGAGAAAAGUGACUGGACAUAUGGCAAUUCUGAUACAGGAUGUACAGGGGGUUCAUGUGGUCAUUAUACACAGGUAUGUACAGGGGGUUCAUGUGGUCAUUAUACACAGACAUUACAAGGAUCAUAA